AUGAGUGAAGUCAAAACUCUGUACGAUUCAUCAACUAGAGGCCAUACCUCAUCUUCUCUCACCAAAGAAAUUUGUAUCACGUCCACUCACACCGAAGAUGCAACAUGCCACAUUUGGGAUUUAAAAUCAGGACAAGUUUUGAAUUCUCUCAAAAGAAUUCGGACCAAUCAUGGAUGCGUUACGUUCAUUCCCGAGCAUUUGUAUCUCAUCGCGUCUCAAUCAGAUAAGGGAAGAAUAUUUAUUUAUGAUAUUAGAAGAGAACAACCACUGUUUGAAUGUCCAGUAGCAGAAAAAAUUACAAGCCUUGUUUCACAUGGAGUCUAUUGUUUUGGAGGUGGAGAGAAUGGUACUGUUUAUAUUUGGAAUAUUCUGACAGGAAAAUUAUUGAAAAUAUUUAAUGCACAUUUGAAAUCUAUUACUGCCAUGGACGUCAAUAGCGAUUUUUUAGUCACUGGAUCCAUUGAUACUUUGAUUCAAGUUUGGAAUUUAGCAGACUUGCUUGAUAUAAGAAGUGAGGGAGAGCGACAACAAUCUCCAAUAUAUUCUCUUUCUAGCCAUGCCUUAUCGAUUACGAGCAUUCAAUUGUCAAAGAGUAGUCAUACCAAAUUGAUUACCACAAGUUUGGAUAGAACCUGUAAAGUUUGGGACUUGUCUUCUGGCAUCGAAGUUUGCUCUAUUGUUUACCCUUCUAGUGUUCAAUGUGGAGCAUUGAGUGUUAAUGAACAAGAGUUAUUUGUUGGCUGCUCCAAUGGAUGUGUUUAUCAAAUGUCUCUUUAUCCACACAAACCUCAAUAUAUGGAUGAGAAUGAAGUGGACGAUGAGAAUAAUUUUGAAGAUUUUGACCCAUUGUUGAGUGGAGGAAAAAUGGUGGUCAGUGAAUUGGGAUCAUCAUCGAGUGGAACAAAAACUCUAACUCUUGAAAAUGAUACAUCGAGUGAUCAUUCUGUGAGUAGAGGAUCCAAGUAUUCAUGUUACACGUUUAAAGCACAUAGUAACUCGGUCACUACAUUAAAUUUAUCUAAGGAUGGUCUGAUUUUAGUUUCUGGAUCCAAGGAUGGAAAAUUAAUUUCAUGGGAUGUUAGGUCACGACAACCACUGAUCACUUUCAAGAAACACUCAAUUUCUGCAGAUAAUGAGAUUACCAAUUGCAUUAUUGAUACCAUUAACUUGACUCAAUUUUCUACGUUUCAUAACAAUGAAAAUAUUAAGCAAGAACAAAAACAAGUGAGAAAUACUUCUACACUUGCUGUGAAACCUUUCAAAAAGUUUAUUGAGACUCAACAGAGCUUGUUGGAGGUUAACAUGGUGUCUGAUAAUUGGAAUUGCCUUUAUUCACAUCCUGACUUUGAUUUAUCCCUACAACAUCAUUUUGCCUCUCCGAUCACUGCGUUACCCUCAUCCAUUGCUCACCAGUCCAUUCAUUUAGUGAAUUACAAGCCAAAGAAAGUUUCCAAUGGAGUUCAAAAGAAGGAUUCUGGUUAUGCCAAGAAAGUUUUACAACUCACGAAAAGGCUGACCGAUAUGGAACAACUCUAUAAUCAACAAAAAUCUCUGAAUGAACAACUCACCGAGCUACUUGAGGAAAAAUCCAAAGAUGUAAAGACAGAGUCUAACAACACCAUUUCCAAAGUAGCUCCUCAAAAAAGUGGAAAAGGCUUCUUCCAUAGAAAAUUCCAAUAA